GUCAGCCCCGCUGAGGCCCCCGGGUGCCCUCGGGAGGAGCAGGCGCGCCGGUGCCGAAGGGUGCGGGACACCCGGGCCAUGGCAGAGGAGCGGGCUCGGGAUGAGUUGGCUCCCAAGCCGUCCGUGCUGUUUCUGCACCCAGACCUGGGCGUGGGCGGCGCCGAGCGGCUGGUGCUGGACGCGGCGCUGGCACUGCAGGCGCGCGGAUGUAGGGUGACGAUCUGGACGGCGCACUACGACCCUGGCCACUGCUUCGCCGAGAGCCGCGAACUGCCGGUCCGCUGCGCGGGGGACUGGCUGCCGCGCAGCCUGGGCUGGGGCGGCCGCGGCGCCGCGGUCUGUGCCUACGUGCGCAUGAUCUUCCUGGCGCUCUACGUGCUGUUCCUCGGCGACGAGGUGUUCGACGUGGUCGUGUGCGACCAGGUGUCUGCCUGUAUCCCCGUGUUCAAGCUGGCCAGACGGCGUAAGAAGAUCUUGUUUUAUUGUCACUUCCCAGAUCUGCUUCUUACCAAGAGGGAUUCUUUUCUUAAACGUCUAUACAGGGCCCCGAUUGACUGGGUAGAAGAAUACACCACAGGUAUGGCUGACUGCAUCUUGGUCAACAGUCAGUUCACAGCUGCCAUAUUUAAGAAAACGUUUAAGUCCCUGUCUCACAGAGACCCCGAUGUCCUCUACCCAUCUCUGAACGUUACCAGCUUUGAUUCAGCUGUCCCUGAAAAGCUUGAUGAUCUAGUCCCCGAGGGAAAAAAGUUCCUGUUCCUUUCCAUCAACAGGUACGAAAGGAAGAAAAACCUGACUUUGGCGCUGGAAGCCCUAGUAAAACUGCGUGGAAGAUUGACAUCCCAAGAUUGGGACAAGGUUCAUCUGAUUAUGGCUGGUGGGUAUGACGAGAGAGUCCUGGAGAACGUGGAACACUAUCAGGAACUGAAGAAAAUGGCCCAGCAGUUUGACCUUGACCAGUCUGUGACCUUCCUGCGGUCUUUCUCGGACAAACAGAAAAUCUCACUCCUCCACGGCUGCACAUGUGUGAUUUACACACCAAGCAAUGAACACUUUGGCAUUGUCCCUGUGGAGGCCAUGUACAUGCAGUGCCCAGUCGUUGCUGUUAAUUCAGGUGGGCCCUUGGAGUCCAUUGUCCACAGUGUCACAGGGUUUCUGUGUGAGCCUGACCCCAUGCAAUUCUCAGAAGCAAUAGAAAAGUUCAUCCAUGAACCUUCCUUAAAAGUCACAAUGGGACUGGCUGGCAGAGCCAGGGUGAAGGAAAAGUUUUCCUCUGAAGCAUUUACAGAACAGCUCUACCAGUAUGUCACCAAACUGCUGGUAUGAUCAGAUAUAUUAAAGGUCUUUUUGCUACAUUCAUUAAUAUAUUAUAUAGAAUGUAGAUCCAGUUUGGGAACCGUAAAAGAAACCUAGAAUCUAGUGCUGAAGAGUUGUUUUUUUAACACAUUUGAUUUUUGAAUCUGAGCCAUCUUCCUGUUUCAUAAACCAAUAUCUUUUAUGCUAUAAUAAUUCUGUCUUAUCAGUGUUAAUUAAAAUGUGAUACGAU